AUGAGCGAAGAAUUAGAUCGUCGGUUAAUUUUAAUGGUGGAGAGUAAUCCCCAUUUAUACGAUAAAAAAUUACCGGGUUAUAAAGACAAGGUACUCUGCAAUAAUUCAUGGAAGUCUAUUGGCGAUCGAUUGAAUAUCAGCUCGGAAGAUGCUAUGCGACGUUGGAAAGUUCUAAGAGAACGUUUCAGCAAGGUUAGGAGGCAAAAAGCAAACAUUCCUUCUGGGUCUGGUGCAUCGUCAGAAAACCAGGAGAUUGAAUGGUCUUUAUAUAAUACCCUACUAUUUUUACAACCCCAUGUACAAAAUAGAAAGACAAUUGGUAACUUAGCAUUGAGUGCCAGUCAGAAGAAUAAAUUUUCAGACAAUAUUCUUGAUGUCGACAUCGACAAGAACCCACCAGAAACUCAGUUAGAUUUAUUGGACGAAUCAGUAGAAUUCAUAGAUGAAGAUGUUCGCAGCUACCUGUUAAAUAUAAAAGAGGAAACAGGGGACAACGGAACUUUGAAAUGUACCGAAAAAUUGGAUUCCAAUAAGAAACGACCAUUGUUGGAGAUAGAAAAUCAACAAAAGAAGAAAAAGAAACCUCAACCUUUACCUCCUGAGGAACAGACGAUGCAAAAGAUGAUGUUCUUUGGAAUUUUUGCAUUUCAUUAUACGGAUCGAUGA